AUGGUUGGCAGUAUUGGCUUGAAGAUUCAUAAUAUUAGAGCAUCUGGAUCUUACAUCUCAGAAGCUAAUGCAGAGGCAUCUGAACUUAUAAACAUAUGGGGAGAUGAAUUCAAGUCACUUAAUAAUUUUGAUAGUGUUAGGAUUCGGGAUUCUGAUUGUGUUGGGAUUAGUGAUGGGUGA